CAGGCGAAGUCGAACGUGAUCACUUAGAAAUUAUCCAUGAGGACAGGAAAUAGAAGCACACAGAUUUGCAUGCAUUUAAGGAUGAGACUCGCCAUUUGGAGGAAAUGGUUCAAAGCGAAUCAGUCUUUGGAGGAAUGAAAAGGAAACGCUUUAUCCAAGGAAGGAAACAAACAUGUUGAUGUCCAGUAGUUACAUCACCAAAUGAUGAACCUCCCAGCACGGUAUCACUUCCAUUUGGCGGCUCCUGACUUGCUGGACCCCAAAUCUGCCACUCAGAACUCCAAACCCAGGCUCUCGUUUUCUACCAAACCCACUGUGCUUGCUUCACGGGAGGAGAGUGAUACAACUAUUAAUGUUAUGAAAUGGAAGACGGUCUCGACCAUCUUUCUGGUGGUGGUUUUGUAUUUAAUUAUCGGAGCUACUGUAUUCAAAGCCUUGGAGCAGCCACAUGAAACUAACCAGAGAACAACUAUCGUGUUUCAGAAGCAGAUGUUUGUAGCACAGCAUGCCUGUGUAAAUGACACAGAACUUGAAGAACUGAUUCAGCAAGUAGUGGCAGCAAUAAAUGCAGGAGUCAAUCCAAAAGGAAACACGCCUAAUCAAGUUAGUCAUUGGGAUUUGGGAAGUUCCUUCUUCUUUGCCGGCACUGUUAUAACUACCAUAGCUCAAGUUGUUUGUAAUUUAGGAUUUGGGAACAUCUCACCACGUACAGAAGGUGGAAAGAUAUUCUGUAUCAUCUAUGCCUUACUGGGGAUUCCUCUCUUUGGUUUUCUCUUGGCUGGAGUUGGAGAUCAGCUAGGUACCAUAUUUGGGAAAGGAAUCGCCAAAGUAGAAGACACAUUUGUUAAAUGGAAUGUGAGUCAGACAAAGAUUCGCAUAAUAUCAACAAUAAUAUUCAUAUUGUUUGGAUGUGUGCUGUUUGUUGCUCUUCCUGCAGUCAUAUUCAAGCAUAUAGAAGGCUGGAAUACACUAGAUGCAAUUUAUUUUGUAGUUAUCACUUUAACAACCAUUGGAUUUGGUGAUUACGUUGCAGGAGGAUCUGAUAUUGAAUAUUUCGAUUUCUAUAAGCCAGUGGUGUGGUUCUGGAUCCUUGUGGGCCUUGCAUAUUUUGCUGCUGUUCUGAGUAUGAUUGGUGACUGGCUAAGAGUUAUAUCCAAAAAGACGAAGGAAGAGGUGGGGGAGUUCAGGGCUCAUGCAGCUGAAUGGACAGCUAAUGUCACUGCAGAGUUCAAAGAAACCCGUCGGCGCCUGAGCGUGGAGAUUUACGACAAGUUCCAACGGGCUACCUCCAUCAAAAGGAAACUCUCUGCAGAAAUGGCAAUGAACCACAGCCAAGACCUGACUCCUUGCAAGAGAACCUUGUCUGUCAACCACCUCACCAGUGAGAAAGACCUCUUGCCGGCCAUCACAAAGACAGACAGCAUUUAUAUGAAUGGCUUGACUCCUCACUGUGCAGCUGAAGAAAUUGCUGUCAUUGAAAACAUUAAGUAGCACUGACUUUGAAUCCUGAUCUUUGGAUCAGAAGAAACCUUAUGGUUUAGACUUAACUUGUAGUUCCUGAUAUAUUUUCUUUUCCUGUCCAUUACUGAUGCUAAUAGCAUUUUUUAAAAAUCACAUGCAUGAAUUCCAAAAGAAAUCCACCCACAAUAAGGAUUCAGAGUCACCACCAUAUUUCUUGAAAGACGCAAAAUGAAUGGCACUUCUGUCAUUGACAAAUGCUGGAACAAGCAAUGUCCGAUGCCUUUUCUGUGCCCAGACUGUUUUUCAUCUUUCCUAAUGUGCCAUAAGGCGUUAAGAAUGAAUAAUGCUGGUUUAGGUUAACAAUGUAGCUUUGAGGGAUCAGUCCUUAAACUUUUCAGGGUCUACCUUACCAAGCCUAGGAACGGACCGUGUAUGGACUACAAUCUAUAUGUAAAUGGCAAGAAAAUCUUAUGCAGCCUUUUACCUAAGAAAUUUUUGUCAGUGCCUUAUCUUUUAAAGAAACAGAACCUCUAUAACUCUGAUAUGGGUUUUUGUUUGUUCGUUUGUUGGUUCUUGCAUGAGUAAUGCAUCCAUUUUGAUAUGUCAUCUUGCCCCAGACAGCCAUGUUGUUUUUAAGGGUGUCUAAAGCUGAAGAUACCAGCAUUAAGAAACAGAUGCCAAAAUCAUGGACAUCAAAGCACUGCUCCUACGUCUAGCUUUAAAGGCACUGCAAUUAGAAGGGUUGCAAAGGUGUACCCAGCAAGUCUUUUUUUUUUAAUACUCAGGUUCAGAUGGUACAUGUACACGCUAUAGACCUGUAGAAUUUAUGAAUCCAUAAUCAGGUCACAUUACUUAACUCUAGUCACCAGUUCAGCCCCAUGCAUCACAUACCAAAAAUCUUUUGUUUUGUGUUACUAAAUUAUCUGCUAGGUGAUAUUAACUUGGUGCAUUCAAAAUAUUCCUUUUGCAUACCAGGAAUGCAGAGAAAUCCUGACUCAGCAGCAGAGCAAUUUCUAGUAAACACGACACUGCUGUCAGAGAGGAUUCAAAGUUUCCUUUGUUUUAGCCACGUCAUGCCGUACGCUGUUUUAGCACAGGGGUCCUGCCUGCUGGACUGCUUUCCUGAAUGUUACAUCCUACCAUGUUUUUGCCCUCUUUGGAGCUGGGAAUAAAAGUGGGAAUGCAGUUGAAACUGGCAUCACUGUGACUUUCUACAUCGAGAAUAUAGAUGGUAUCUGAACACAAAUGCAGACGUGAAAACCAGUUGACCAAUAGCACAAUCUGAAGAUGAUUGAAUAUUUGGAUAAAAUAGGCUGAUAUGCAGAUCUGAAGCCAAUCCUUGGGAUUCCUUUGUUUGUUUUCAGGAGAAAAAAAAAUAUAAAUAUAAUUUUAUAUGCUGUUGUGUCUUUUGUUUCUAAAUGUGUGCAAGAUUCAGAAGGAAUGCAGGAUUAUAAAUAACGGAAUGGAUUGUCUUUUAAAGUUUUUAUUAUUUCAUUCUAUUGGAACCUGGCUGUAUAUAAAAGUAAACCUAAUACCCUUUAAGAGAUGAAUAGGCAGCCUGAUCCUCAAAGCAUAACCAUGGUGCAGACUCUACUGAAACAAUAGGGGCUUGUGCUCCUGCAAAGCUGUUUGAGGCCCAUACACACUUUGGCUCUGAGUAAUUAAAGCAAAAUAGGACUUCAAUUGGACACAACUCAAAGAACGAAUCCAUAUCCUUUGACUAUUAAAUAACAUUAUGAACAAUGAAUGUUAAAUUUAUGGAUGCUUCAUCAUCUUUUCCUAACCAAUCUAACAUAUCCGUGUAAAUAGCAAGCAGUGAUGAGUUAAUGAGAGUGUUCAUCUCAGAUCCGCAGAGUUCCACGAGAUAUUACCAGGCCAGGCUCUUCAAAGAAAAAGGCCCCAUCCCUACCAUUUCUCCCAGCACAGUGUUCUGAAUGUUGACAUGGUAAGGAAGGUUCUCUUGCCAUGUAUAAACUGUGAAUUGUAAUGAAAUAAUAAUAAUUAUAAUUAUAAUAAAGUUUUUAAUUAAAACAUGCCUUACCAAGUCUCCUACUUGAUGCCAUUCUAAUGCCGAGAAAUCUUUUGUAAAGCCAACGUAGUAGAGCUCUGGAAUUAG